AUGGUUGUCCCUAAGGCUAAAGUGCCGGAUGUUCUACAGCUGUACCAUAGUGGUUGUUCAGGAGGCCACCUGGGAGUUAAACGAACUCUCCUGAAGAUCCGAGAACGGUUUUACUGGGUCCACUGUCGUGACGAUGUCGAGGACUGGUGCCGCAAAUGUACAAGUUGUGAGGCUGUAAAGGGACCUCAAAUUCGUAGUAGAGGCGCAUUGAAAUUGUACAAUGUUGGUGCACCAUGGGGGAGGAUAGCCAUUGACGUUGCGGGGCUGUUUCCAGAAACUGAAAGUGGUAACAAGUAUUUCAUAGUUGUGAUGGAUUACUUCACUAAGUGGCCAGAAGUCUUCGCCAUUCCAAAUCAAGAAGCUUCAACAGUUGCAGAUAAACUAGUUCAUGAAGUCUUCUGUCAUUUUGGAGUACCUUUAGAGAUUCACAGCGAUCAAGGAAGGAAUUUUGAGUCUCAAAUGUUCCAGGAAACUUGCCGAGUUGUGGGUACUCAGUAA